UAAAUAAAAAUAAAAAAAAUAUAAUUUUGUUUGCUGGAAAAGGAUAUUUAACACUAGAUUAAAUGAUUAAAAACUCAAUUUGUUGCUUCGUGCGGCAAAGAACUGGGCUCCUUGCUGAAACCUCCAUCAAAUUUAACUCAUCUCGAAACCUAAGCGUAGAGCAAGAAACUGAUGAUGAAAAAGAAAAAGAAUUGAAGAGAAUAGCUGAAGAAGCCUCCCUGGACGAGCCACCCACCACAUGCUGUCAGUCAGGCUGCUCCAACUGUGUGUUCAUUGCGUGGGCCGACGCACUCACAGCCAAGAUGCAGACAGCUAGUCCGGAAAUAGCAGAGAAAAUACUCAACUCCGUGGACGACCCCAACAUGAAGGCUUAUUUGGAAAUGGAGCUCAAGAUACGAGGUUUGAAAUGAAGGUUAAUAAUAUGAACAAUAAUAGCAUCAAGAAAUUGUUAGUACUUAAGUAAAUAGUAAGUAGGUAUAAUUAAUUAUAUUUUUCUAUUAUUCUAUCCUUUUGUAAAUAUAGACAAGUAAAUAAGUUCAAAUC